CAGCAACCAUGAGGGUACUGAUAUUUGCGGCUAUCGUCGCCGCCGCGGCGGCAUCGGUCGUCCCUAUUGACAAAUUGGACACCAUCACCAUCGGCAAGGACACCCUCGUGAAUGUGGACGUCAAAGUCCGGGAGAUGUGCAUCCUGAAACUGCUGCGUCACAUCCUGCAGCCCACCAUGUACGAGGAUAUCCGCACCGUCGCCCGCGAGUGGUCGAUUGAGGACAACAUGGACAAAUACCUGAAAACGGACGUCGUCAAGAAGUUCGUCGAAACGUACAAGCUGGGUUUGCUGCCCCGCGGCGAGGUGUUCGUCCACACCAACGAGAAGCACAUCAAGCAGGCCAUCAGGGUCUUCCGCAUCCUCUACUUUGCCAAGGACUUUGACGUCUUCAUCAAGACUUGUUGCUGGCUCCGUGAGCGUAUAAACGGUGGCAUGUUCACCUACGCCCUCACCGCUGCCGUCUUCCACCGCGUCGACUGCCGCGGCAUCGUCCUCCCCGCCCCCUACGAAAUCUACCCCUACUUCUUCGUCGAUACCGACGUCAUUCAAAAGGCCCUCGUUCUGAAGAUGAGCAAACUCAACAUCGACAAUGUCUUAAUGAACUACUGGGGCAUCAAAAUCGUGAAGGACAAGAACAUCUGUCUCAUUGACGCCCGUAAAGGUCUGCGCACCGUCAUGGGUAAGGAGGACAAGAUCACCUACUUCACUGAGGAUGUUGAUCUAAACACCUACUUCUACUACCUGCACAUGAACUACCCCUACUGGAUGGACAAUGAAGUGUACGGUCUGCACAAGGAGCGCCGCGGUGAGGUUAUGAUGUACGCCGGACAGCAACUGCUCGCUAGAUAUAGACUUGAGCGCCUGAGCCACGGCAUGUGCGACAUCAAGAUGAUCAAAUGGGACGAGAAGAUCAAGGGAGGCUACUGGCCCAAGCUCCGCCUGCACAACGGCUAUGACAUGCCCGCCCGCGUCGGCAACGUCAUGCUGCUCAACGAUGACAACCUGAAGGUGAAACUGGUCUGCGAUGAUGUUGAGAAGAUCAUCCGUCAAGCUAUCCUCACCGGUAAAAUGGAACGCCGCGACGGAACCGUGAUCACCCUGAAGAAGGCUGAAGACUACGAGUACCUGGCGCGCCUGCUGGUCGGAGGCAUGGGCAUGCUCAAUGACGACGCCAAGGUCAUCCACAUCACCAACCUGCUCAAGAAGAUGUUCACCUACAGCCUGUACAACGUUGACAAGGAAACCUACGUCCCUACCGCCAUUGACAUGUACACGACCUGCCUUCGCGACCCGCUGUACUGGCGCCUGAUGAAGCGCGUCCACGAGAUGGCACAUCUCUUCAAGGCCAUCCUGCCUAAGUACACACGCGACGAGCUCACCUUCCCCGGAGUCAAGGUCGAGAGCAUCACCACCGACAAACUCGUCACCUUUAUGGACGAGUACGACAUCGACAUCAGCAACGCCCUGUACCUCGAUGACAGCGAGAUGAAGAAGAAGAACCUGGAUAUUGUCAUGAUCGCCCGCCAGCGCCGCCUCAACAACCACCCCUUCAAGGUCACUGUUGACGUCGUCUCCGACAAGGCCGUCGACUCCAUCGUCCGCAUCUUCAUUGGUCCCAAGUACGACUGCAUGGGCCGUCUCCUAGACGUCAACACCAAACGCCUCGACAUGAUCGAGAUCGACAGCUUCCUAUACAAACUGGAUACCGGCAAGAACACUAUCGUCCGCAAAUCGAUCGAGAUGCACGGCGUGAUAGAGGACAGGCCGAUGACCCGUCUUAUAAUGGACAAGGACCUCGGUUUGGACACGAACGUCGGUGUGGACGUGCGCGACCGCGUGACGGUAGACAGCUGGUGGCAUAAGACUCGUCGCGGUUUCCCGUCUCGCCUGUUGCUGCCUCUCGGUCGCAAGGGCGGUCUGGAGCUGCAGAUGUUCGUGAUCGUGACGCCCGUGCGCACCGGCCUGACGAUCCCCACCGUCGACAUGACCAUCAUGAAGGAGCGCCGCACCUGCUUCUGGACGACUUGCGUUGACACUAUGCCUCUCGGCUUCCCGUUCGACCGCGAGAUCGACUACACUCGCUUCUUCACUCCCAACAUGCUGUUCACGGACAUCCUCGUGUUCCGCAAGGACAUGGACCUCGCCAACGUGAACAAGGACGUGGACAUGUCCAACAUGGUGAUGCGCCGCGACGACCUCACCAUCCUGGACAAGGACAUGCUGAUGCACAGAAGCUACAAGGACGUGAUGCUAAUGAGUGUCGACAAGAUGAUGCGAAUGUAAAUUUAUAUUUAACCAUCUAUUUAAUUUUAAUUAAUGUGAAUAAUAAAAUGCUUUGAGCAAUA